CACACAAUUCCCUCUUCAAAAAUCAAUCUCCAACGAAGAAAGCAUGAUAAGCCUCCACCACAGCCCCCGCCUCUCCGCCAACCAGUGCGGCUCCGUCGUCACCCAGACCAUCCAGGCGCCGCUCCCGCUCGUCUGGUCCGUCGUCCGCCAGUUCGACGAGCCGCAGGCCUACAAGCAGUUCGUCAAGCACUGCGGCCUCAGCUCCGGCGACGGCGGCGCCGGCAGCGUCCGGGAGCUCACCGUCGUGUCGGGGCUGCCGGCCGAGCGGAGCACCGAGCGCCUCGACCGGCUGGACGACGAGUCGCAUGUCAUGGUGAUCAGCAUCAUCGGCGGCGACCACAAGCUCGUGAAUUAUCGGUCGACGACGACGCUGCACGAAGGAGGAGAUAAUACGGUGGUGAUGGAGUCGUACGUGGUGGACAUUCCGGCCGACAGCUGCGAGGAGGACACGUGUCUCUUCGCCGAGACUAUAAUCGGGUGCAAUCUCAAAUCCCUUGCCAAGCUUGCCGAAAAAAUGGCUGAUGGCUGAUGCUGAUCAUCAUCUAUAGACUAUAGAUGUUUUAAUUUCACCCUAUUUUUCUAUUUCGUUUAUUAAUUUUGACUUGCGAUAUUAGUAAUACCUAUCUGCAAUACAGAAUCUCAUUUCGAUCGGUGUAAUACUGGCUUAUUUUAUU